GGUCAUUACACCCGAAUUGGCGCGAAGUUGUGGGGGAUGAAGGUCAAGUCUAUUAUUAUAAUGUGGUCACGAACAAAACGCAGUGGGAGAAGCCGGUUGUGGAGGAUCGGCAGACGCUAGAGGGAUAUAGCGUGGCGUCGAUCAAUGCGGUGAUCGAGCGGGUGAUGGCUUCGCAGCAC